CUAGAAGACUCAGUUGAUAAGGCCAAAAGGUAUGGCUUUUUCUCAAUGAUCUGGAAAAUAACUAGUUAGAGAAAAUUGUCUUUAUUUCAUUGGUUUCAGAAGUUAGAUUUCAUUCUUUUCUUGUCUAAGGUCUUGAACUGUAUAGUUCAUUUGUCAGAUACUCAGAUUUCAAAGAAAUAGUUAGAAGUGAACAUUUUAUGUUAAAGCAUGGUGAUUCACCUGCAAAUUUUCAUAUCUAAAUGACUCCUGUUGCAGUAAAAGCUUGGUAAAGAAAGUGGCUAGUUUUGACUUGAAAAGGAUGAAGAAGUUAGCUGACAAGGCUGUCACCUCUCUGAACAUUAUCAGCAGUAAUAACAACAACCAGCAUGCUGCAACUUAUUCUUCAUCCAAAGCAAAUGAGAUUUUUCUAAUCCAAAACUUCAUGAAAAAACGAGAUGGAUAUGUCUUUUUUUCAUGAAGUUUUGGGUUAGAGAAGUCUCAAGACUGAGUUCUGUAUCAGGGCAUGAUCAGACUUAAUGCAAGAGGCUCUAUCUGUAAGAAGGAAUGUUGUGCAGAGCACGGCUGAUAGCCAGAAUAUGAUGCCAAAUCCUUUGUAUGUUUUUCUUGCCUAGAUGGUGCUGGGCAGCCUGAACAGAAACAGCAACAGAUUUGGGGUACCCCAGAAACUUGUGCAGUACCUCCUGGGGAGCCUUCGGAAGACAGGACAAUGUCUGUGACCUUCUACAAGGGGUACCCGGUGACCGAAUUGGAAGUGUGGGAAUUUUCAUCAGGAGUGAUGGGGAUUGCAUUGAGUCCUUCCAUAUGCAGGAAGUGAAGCAGCCAGAGGACCAGGCUUCUUUUCUAAGAUUAUCUUCAAAUCUGAAGCUACCAUUGAUAGGGUCCUCUAUGGAAUGAGCAAAAAUCAAGUUUGCUAUUAGUG